ACACAGAUCCACACACAAACCCCCCUGGUCGCCACAACCACACUCCCCCAAUCUUAAACGGCUACUGCUUCUGUGGCUCGACUGUCGCUCGUUGACGGGAGCCCUCCUUGGCCGCCAAUCUGCUAACCCAUAGAAGGAACAAAACCUUUGCUCGAAUCCGGAAACUGGUAACAAUUUAUAUCGAGAACAACCAAAGCCUCAGCCUUUGAGCGUGGAUCGGAAAGAGGCGUCGCAUGUCCAGUUCUGAUCCCGGUUGAUACAUUCACGGUAUUGGCUUCAGCACUGGAGCACUGACGCUACAAAAACGGCCUUGCAUGCAUUCGACUUUUGCGCGCUUCACUUUACCGGACGCCCCUCGGUCACGGCAAGGCCCUGAUCCGACUUGAGCGCCAAUCUUCACAUCUGGGCACAGCUCACUGGCAUAUUUCUUCUAUCGCCCAACACCUACUGACCUCUGUCGGAUUGGUUCAGAGCAUAAUGUCUCGCUCAGUCCACCUUGACCUGGACUCGCAAGGCAAUGGGCGACCACAAUGGGCAGGUUACCGUUCUCCAACUGCUCUUUCCCCGAGGCUAAACCACACCGACGGCGAUAUUCCACCUGCCUUGUCACCAUUAGAUGCUUUCGCCGAGCAAGGACGUUUGCUCGCCAAGCAACUCGAAGAGAGUCGACGCAAUGGUCGCCGCAUGAGCAGGCUUCCACCACUCCAUGCGGAUGCGUUUGUGCGUCCUGGAUUCUAUCGUUCUAAGUCUGCGAGUGCCGGUCUCGAAAGCGACGAGGCCGAAGACGACAUUGCUCCUCUAGAGAGAUUGGGUAUGGUUCGAGAAACAGAGGAUAUUCCUUUUCGCCCCAAGUCAUUCUACCCUCGAUUAAGCGGCACACCUCUUCUGGAAGAUGAAAUGGAGGAUGCCGACUGGAUGCAAAGGAGGGACUCUACCGCGACAGUGGGAUCGGAGAUGGGUAUCUUGGGUCCGCUUCGAACCCAGUCUCCUGACCCUUUACCCGACGUGCCAGAGGAGCAAACAGGGCGAAGUGCCGCUUCCAGUCCUCAGCCGCAAAGGAAUCUUAACUCUGGUCCCCCCCGAAACCUAGCGCGAACUGAGUCUACUGACAGCCACGGGCCGAGCCCGCAACCCCAGUCGAGCGUGGACUCGUACCGAAGUGGGCAAGUCUCUAGAAGUGCGUCUUCAAGCAGCCUGACUCCAGCCCUCAGGUCGCAACCGAGCUUGGAUUCAGUUCGCCGACGAGGUGCGGUCCGUCAGAGCUCGACAGGCAGCCGUGGUCCGAGUCCCCGGCCCAAGAGGAGUCUUUCUUCAACGAGACAACAAUCAUUGGCACGUAAAGAGUCUUCAGACAGUUUGGCCCCCCCAAGAUCUUAUGGACCAACUUCUGCUCCCAGGUCGCCCAGUAUGCGUGCUGGCGCCUCGAACGGCAUGCGAUCUGUCGCUCCUGAAUCGGAUGUCGAGGAAGAGUCUGGCAUGAGCGCUUCUUUCGGUUCAAUUCAACGGCAGGCGUCAUCGAGUAGCCAACUUUCCGCUCCUCAUUCUCCGCAAUCCUUCCAUGGUCCACCUCCACGUUCUCCCUCGAUUAGUUCUGAGCAUUCUGUUGGUGGACCAUCGCAACCUCGAAACUUGCGACCGGCUAUGAACUUUUCUCGACCGCGGAGCAGUGCUGGUCCGCGACCAGCAUUUGAUGUAUCGUCUCGUCAAACCUCCUCAGAGAGUCAGAGAUCCUUUUUUGUCGACGACUCAGCUCAUACCCCACAAAGUAUGAAUGGAGAAGGUUACUUUGAUCCGAAUGAGCCGAAACAAGGUGCAGCACCGGCCCUGGUUUACUCGAAAUACUCAUUGCCCCGCGGGAGAACGCUCGAAAAGGAUUCUACCGUUAUACAGAAGAAAGCUACACAUCAUUUCCAUUGGGAAGAAUCAAAUUCUUCAGCACAGCUUGUCUCCCAGCGACCAGCUGAAAACCGGCCGCCGUCUCCAGAGUCGCCGCCGCGCGCCACCAUGGUGCCUGAUCAGAGACCGGCCACGCCUGAGCAAGCUAAGGAGGAACCAAAGUCGGCUGCGUCACCACAAUUGGCAGCAAGCGCCCCGGGACGCCCGGCUUCUCCCUCGGUCGAUUCGAACAGUACGAUUAAAGCCGGAUCUUCAAGGCGGUCCUUGGGGGCUUCGAUGGAAUUGACUGCUGAAGACCAUCUCGCCAAGGGCAUCGCGUGCCACCAGAAAGGCUCGUUGAAUGAGUCCACAUAUCACCUGCGUAUUGCCGCCAGAAAGAACCACCCGACAGCGAUGCUUCUGUAUGCAUUGGCUUGUCGUCAUGGCUGGGGCAUGCGUCCCAAUCAGAGGGAAGGGGUCCAAUGGUUGAGAAAGGCCGUGGACUCUGCUGGUCUUGAGGUUGCCGAUGACGAGACGCCUGCGAAGAAUGCGAAACCGUCGGAUAUCAUGGAGCGCAAAGCGCACCGAAACCAGCUCGCCCUAGGUAUUUACGAGUUGGGAAUAAGCCAUAUGAAUGGCUGGGGCAUUGAACAAGACAAGGGUCUUGCUCUUCGCUGUUUUGAAAUCGCAGGAACCUGGGGAGAUGCUGAUGCGUUGGCUGAGGCUGGAUUCUGCUAUGCAAAAGGCGUUGGCUGCAAAAAGGAUCUGAAGAAGGCGGCCAAGUUCUACCGCAUGGCUGAGAGUAAGGGCAUGAGUAUGGUUGGCAAUAGUUGGAUCUAUAAGGACAAAUACAAGGACGAUGACGACGAUCGACAAAGCCGAGCUACCAAGAAAGAUAACAAUGACAAGGCUGGUCGUGAUAAAUCUCGUACCCGAACCAUGUUUGGACGCAAGCGAUCUGUGAAUCGUGCGUGACGAUCAUGUAUCUUGCUGGAGUUUGCUCGUUUUCAUGAACACGAGUGGCACAGUCUUCAGUUCAUCAUCAUUUGCAUACUUUACUUUUAUCACUGGCGUUCGUGGAUGGCAUUUUCAUUGAUGGUUGGCUGGCUGGUCAGCAAUUUCCUUUCCCUAUUGUUUCUUAUCCUUCUUUUCUGCUUUUUCAUAUUUUUACGUUCUUCUACAUCUCCGGUCGAAUGAUUCCCCGGCGUUGCUGUGGCAUAUUAUAUCAAUUUUCCUGCGUCGAGGAUUUGAGGUUGUUUGAUGGAUAUUUUAUUGUGAUUGCAAGUCAAUGAUGAGCAAAGCACCAACUACCACUUUUUUUCUUUGGUAAUCUUGCUUAAAAUUCAUGUAGCUUGAACCUUUUAAUUGGGUUAUCCUUGGCCU